CUUUUUUUGCUUCUCGCUUUCAGUGCACUCACACGAUGACUGGUAUCACUGUUAAGGACGUCAACGCUCACGAGUUCAUCAAGGCCUACUCUGCCUACCUCAAGCGUACCGGUAAGCUCGAGGUCCCCAAGUUCGUCGACAUUGUCAAGACUGGAUCCUACAAGGAGUUGGCUCCUUAUGACCCCGACUGGUACUACGUCCGUGCCGCUUCCGUUGCUCGCCACAUCUACAUCCGCAAGAGCGUCGGUGUCGGUGCCUUGAACAAGGUUCACGGUGGUCGCAUCAACCGCGGUUUCCGUCCCUCCCACCACGUCGAGGCCUCUGGUUCCGUCAACCGUAAGGUUCUCCAGUCCCUCGAGAAGAUCGGUGUCUUGGAGCAGGACAAGAAGGGUGGCCGUCGCAUCACCCAGGAUGGUCAGAGAGAUUUGGAUCGUAUUGCCAUGACCCUUGUCGCUUCCGAGGAGGAUGACGAGUAAACCUUUGUUAUUUACACAACCCCAAUAAAAGCAUUGCUUUGACAUCUUAUUUCACUAUAUACAUAUUUUACAUCUGC